AUGGCAGGGGUUGUUCGAAGACGUUACGUACCAGAGCGACGGAGCUUCAGAGGAGGAAGACGGCGGCGAGCCCGAAUAAUCGCAGCGAAUCCGCGUGGGGAGAUCACGAGACCUGCGGCGAAGAAGGCGGAGCGAGGCGGAAGCAGGAGAGAACCGCGGAAGCGGGAGCGAGGAGCAAGGCGAAAGCAAGAAGCGGGAGCGAGGCAGAAGCGGGAGCGAGGCGGAAGUGGAAGUAGGAGCGACCGAGCGAGAAGCAAGGCAGAAGCGAAAGCGGGAGCGAGGCGGAAGUGGAAGCAGGAGGGACAAGAUGGAGGGACAAGGAUAAGCCAAGAAAAAACUACUUUUACUUGUCCCUAUGGUACUUUUGCCUAUAGGAGGAUGCCUUUUGGUCUUUGUAAUGCGCCUGCUACUUUUCAAAGAUGCAUGAUGGCUAUUUUUUCUGACAUGAUGGAAAAAUAUAUUGAGAUAUUUAUGGAUGAUUUUUCUGUUUUUGGCUCAUCUUUUGAUUCAUGCUUGAAUAAUUUAGCUUUGGUGUUACAAAGAUGUGAGGAGACUAACCUUGUCUUGAAUUGGGAGAAGUGUCACUUUAUGGUGCAGGAAGGGAUUGUGCUAGGCCAUAAGAUCUCUAUAAGAGGAAUUGAGGUGGACCGAGCUAAGAUUGAAGUUAUUUCAAAACUGCCGCCUCCUACCUCUGUGAAGCUUGUUCGAGGAUUUUUAGGACAUGCAGGAUUUUAUAGGCGUUUCAUUAAAGAUUUUUCUAAGAUUGCUAGACCCCUUUCUAAAUUGUUGGAAAAAGAUUCUAAAUUUGACUUCUCUGAUGAUUGUUUGCAGGCAUUCAACACAUUGAAGGAGAAGUUAAUUUCGGUCCCUAUCAUGACUGCGCCUACUUGGGAUUUGCCUUUCGAGUUGAUGUGUGACGCUAGUGACUCGGCUGUUGGAGCCGUACUUGGACAAAGAAAGGAUGGAAUUUUUCGAACCAUAUACUAUGCAAGCCGCACCCUGUCUGGAGCUCAAUUGAAUUAUGCCACAACUGAAAAGGAGCUUUUGGCGGUAGUGUUUGCUUUUGAUAAAUUUCGCUCUUAUUUGAUUGGUUCCAAAGUCAUUGUUUACACUGACCACUCUGCUCUUAAGUAUUUGCUUGAAAAGAAAGAUUCAAAACCUAGGUUGAUUAGGUGGAUCUUACUGCUGCAAGAGUUUGACUUGGAAAUCAAAGACAAGAAAGGGAAAGAAAACUUAGUGGCCGACCAUCUCUCUAGAUUGCCGAAUGCCCCUGUGGAAGAAAGACCAAUCCUAGAUGAAUUUCCUGAUGAGGUACUUUUCUCUGUCAAAACCGAAACCCCUUGGUAUGCUGAUUAUGUUAAUUUCUUGGUAAGUAAGGUUCUCCCUUCUGAAUUGACUUAUCAACAAAGGAAGAAAUUCUUUUCUGAUGUUAAACACUAUUUUUGGGAGGAUCCUUUCUUGUUUAAGGUAUGUGCUGAUCAAGUUAUUAGGCGAUGUGUUCCCAAUGAAGAAAUACCUAACAUUCUUUUUCAUUGCCAUGAUGGACAGGAAGAGGUUUCAAAUAGGGAAAUCAAGAGAAUUAUAGAAAAAACAGUGAAUGCCUCUAGGAAAGAUUGGUCAAUGAAACUUGAUGAUGCACUUUGGGCCUAUAGGACAGCAUUCAAAACCCCAAUUGGGAUGUCUCCUUUUAGGCUAGUGUUUGGGAAGGCUUGUCAUCUACCGGUGGAAUUAGAGCACAAAGCAUAUUGGGCAUUGAAAUUUCUGAAUUUUGACAUGCAGUCUGCAAGUGAAAGAAGAUUGUUGCAACUAAAUGAAUUGGAGGAAUUUCGCAAUGAGGCCUAUGAAAAUGCUAAGAUGUACAAGGAGCAUACCAAAAGAUGGCAUGAUAAACACAUAUUCAGAAGAGAGUUCGAAAUUGGCCAAAAAGUUUUACUUUAUAACUCUCGUCUUAAACUUUUUCCAGGAAAGUUACGUUCUCGAUGGUCUGGUCCUUAUACAGUCACACAGGUAUUUCCAUACGGAGCAGUUGAACCAAAACAUCCGCAAAAUGAUUCUAAGCUCUUGGUAAAUAGUCAAAUGUGA